AUGAAAGUAGAUAAAAAAGCCUCUAUAAGUAAAGUUGUAGAUCUUGUUUCUCAGCGUGAAGCCUCUAGUAGUACUAAAAAUCUUGUAGUUGUUCCUCACUGUCCAUGGGAUGCGGACAAGGAAGCUGAAUAUCAAGCCAAACUAGAGGAAGAAUCGCCAAAAAAAGGAGAUGAAGUAGUAGAAGUACUAGACGAGGAUUUGGCUGGAGGAGCAGUAGACAAGGAUUCAUUUGUUGGUACAAAAAAAGGUGGCGAUGUUGAUCUUGUGAAUCCAAAAAAAGGUGGAGAGUUGACAAAAGGAGACCAUCUACUUUGUACAAAUAAAGAAGGCGAAGAGCUUGAAGACACAAAUACAAAAGGAGACGACGACCUUGCUGACCUCUUCUCAGCAGGAAUCGGAGACAAGGAAGAUGAGUUGACUCCUGGAGAUGAACCGCACACGUCUCCGCAGCCGCACAAGCCUAAUAAAGCGACAGAACCGGUUAUCCUUGAUGCUUUGCUGGAUAAUUUGGAUGAGUGUCUGGCGGAAACUGAUAAGCAACUGAAGAAAAGAAGACUUAGUAGUGGAGAAACAUCAC